AAAGAGGAAGAGGGAAGAAGGAGGGAGAAGAGUGAAGCAGAGAAUGCGUCAAAGGAGAGGAGGAAUAAAGUCUGAAUUGAAGCCUUAAUUCUACGCGCUUUGGGCUUGGACGAUCAGUACGAAUGGAACGCAACGUCGAAUAGCUCGGGAGACCCCGAGAAGCGAUCGUGAGUGAUAGAAACGACAAUAGAGACGAGAAUAAUAGAAAAAUUUAUGAAAAAAGCAUAUUGCAAAAUUAAGUAAAAUUACGUGGAGACUACAAGAUUUCAUGGAAUGUUGUAGCAAGAUUGACUUUUAGAAUUUAGGAGAAAUUCUAUUGCUCAUAAACUUGUAUUAGUAGUGACAAUAUGAUUGUUAAGGAAGCAAUCAUAUUAUUAAAUAUAUAACGACGUGAAAUUAAACAAUUGUGUCAAUUAUCGUUCGCAGUGUUGGUGACUAAAAGGAGACAAUCAGGUUAAAUAGAUCAUAAUACCACGCUACGUAUAAAUAAUAAGCCUUCGAAAUGGCUUCAAGAUCAGAGGAGGAUCCAGAAAUUACGGAAUCUGGAGAGAGAGAGAGAAGCACAGAAAAAAGUGAUGGAUUUUGCAGAUUAUUACUAAAGUUUCCAGCCAUUUACUGGAGAUCCUUCAUUGUGGUAUUAUGGCCAUUAAUUCUAAUUCCACUAUUAACUACCGAAAGCGAAAAACCUCUUGCAAUGAAAUGCUUAUACAUCGUCGCGCUAAUGGCGAUGUUUUGGGUAACAGAAGUUCUACCAUUGCCCGUUACGGGUAUGAUCCCGGUGGUUUUGUAUCCACUAAUGGGUAUCAUGUCCACCAAUGACACCUGUCUAUGUUACAUGAAUGAUACCACGAUGAUGUUUCUGGGGAGUUUGGUAAUUGCAGUGGUUAUUGAGAAUUCCGGCCUGCAUAUGCGAAUGGCGUUACUCAUUAUCAAGACUAUUGGUUGCAGUCAUCGAAGACUGACAUUAGGUCUGUUCUUUGUGACGAUGUUUAUUUCAAUGUGGAUUUCGAACACUGCAGCUACAGCCAUGAUGAUACCGAUCAUGGAAACUGUUCUUGUAGAACUUGAAACGCAAGGACUCGGGAACAUGUUCGUACAGAAAGAGGGAGCAGACGAAGAAGAAGGCACGGAAACAAGCAAGAGACCAACGCACAGUACUAUGGUGUAUUAUCUCGUCGCGGCCUAUGCUUCCAGUCUCGGUGGUAUCGGAACAAUUGUUGGAAGCGGCACCAAUUUAACAUUAAAAGGUUUUUUAGAGAAGCGUUUUCCUAAUAGUCACGGUAUAAAUUUUGCUUCCUGGAUGUUAUAUUCGGUACCGCCCAUGUUAUUGAUGGGUUUGCUCACGUGGUUAUGGUUGCAAGUGAUGUACAUGGGUCUCUUCAGACCAGAGAGCAAAGAUGCUCGUGCCAUAGAUAUUGGACAACAGGGCGAGCGAGUCGCAGCAGCGGUUAUCGAGAAAAGAUACAAGGAACUUGGACGGAUUUCAUGGCAUGAAUCCUCCGUAGGUGUCUUAUUUAUCUUCGUGGUGCUUUUAUGGUUCUUUAGAAGCCCUGGUUUUAUGCCGGGCUGGGCAGCUUAUAUCACGAACGUGUCUGUUAAAGAUUCGACGGCGGCCACGUUGGUAACGAUACUGUUUUUUAUUAUUCCGUCAAAAUUAGACUUUCUGAACGCGUUCAGCAAGGAUCCACGUAAACGUGCUACAAAGCCAGCGCUUGGUUUGAUAACGUGGAAAAUGAUCAAUGAUAAAUUACAUUGGAGUCUAAUUUUUGUGUUAGGCGGUGGAUUUGCCAUCUCAGAAGGUAGUACUACAUCGGGCUUAUCAGGAAUGCUGGGACAAUCCCUGAAAGGUCUGGAAAAAAUUAAUGUGGUGGCAAUAAUGCUGAUUGUCUGCCUCUUCGCCGAAAACGUGACGGAACUAACAGCCAAUGUGGCCGUCGCGAAUAUUAUACUGCCAGUAUUAGCAGAAAUGUGUGUGGCUAUUAAAAUACAUCCCUUGUAUCUAAUGCUGCCAGCAGCUAUUUGCUGUUCCUUUUCGUUCCAUCUACCAGUUGGUACUCCACCAAACGCGAUUGCCAGUGCUGCGGGGCACAUAAAGACAAAAGACUUUGUGAUCGCUGGUAUCGGACCCAGUAUCAUCACACUUGUUAUCACUACAAUUGCGUUUCCCACUUGGGGCACAUAUGUAUUUAAUCUAUCGGAAUUCCCCGAAUGGGCCACAUAG